CGACGGGCCUUGCUGGCAGCUCCCUAUGCAUUGAGGCAACGAGGCAACUCUCGCUGACAAGCCUUCUCAUCGUCCCAAAGGUGCGCAUGGAGUAGGUCGAGGCUUGGACGAGAGCGGCGCUCGCGGCGGCCACUUCGCGUAAAGCCGAAAGUGCCGCGACGUCCGCGCGCCGCUCCCGCUCGCGCAUACCCCGGACUCCACAUGGCGGCCGCUCGCCGUCCGCGGCCAUCCUCGUCUGCUUCCCGGCCUCCUCUCCACCACCACCAUGUCGCUUCGCACACCUCUCACGACGCUCUGCGCACUGCGCCACCCGCUUGUUUGCGGGCCCAUGGCCAACGCCGCCGGCGGCGCACUGGCCGCGCAGGUCUCGCUCGGCGGCGGUCUCGGCUUCCUCGGCGCCGGCUACUUCGAUGCCGCCAAGCUGGCCAAGGAGCUCGAGACGGCCGCGUCUCAGCUCGAGGCUGGCUCCAUGCAGAAAGAUGCGCAUGGCCGCCUGCCCGUUGGUGUUGGCUUCCUGGCCUGGCGCCUGUCGGCGAUCCACGGCGGCAAGCCCGCGGCAUCGAGCGACGUCGGCGACAGCAGCGCUGCACGCAAGCUCAUCGACGAGGCCCUCCGGCCGCGGCCAGCAGCACUCUGGCUGAGCUUUGGCGAUCGCGAGGAGAUGAAGGUCUGGGCAGAGGUCAUGCGUCGCCGCGAGGUCGAGCUCAAUGGUGGCGACGGCAAGGAGCUCAAGCUGUUUGUCGGCGUCGGCGAGGAGGGCGAGGCGCAGCGCGCGGUCGAAGAGGUCGGCUGCGACGUGCUCGUCGUUCAGGGCUGCGAGGCCGGCGGCCACGGCCUCGGCUCGUCGCCGCCGCUGCAUGCCCUCGUGCCGCGCAUGCUCUCGCAGCUGCCGCAGUGGCGCGCCAGUAACCCGUCUGGUCAGACGCCCGUGCUGCUCGGCGCCGGCGGCCUCUCCAACGGCCGGUCGCUGGCGGCACUGCUGGCGCUGGGCGCACAUGGCGGCGUGCUCGGCACUCGUCUGCUGCUCACGCCCGAGGCGGCAUACAGCGAUGCGCAGAAGAGUGUGCUGCUCAAGGCCUCGUCGGCAGAGACGCGCCGCACGAUGGCCUUCGACGAGGCACGCAACACGCUCGGCUGGCCCACGGGCGUCGACGGCCGCGGCGUCGUCAACGCCACGGUGCACGCCUACGAUAAGGGCGAGGGCGACACGGCCAGCCGGCAGAAGCGCUACAAGGAGGCCGAGGCACAGGGCGACGAGGCGCGCAUCGUGACGUGGGCCGGCACGGGCGUGGGCCUCAUGACGGAGAUCAAGCCGGCCAAGGACGUGAUUGAGGAGGUGGGCCGCGACGCCGCAGAGGCUGUGCGCGAGCUGUCUGGUACGCUGCAGUAGUAAGGCAAUGCAUAUGCUCGAGCUCGA